AUGACUACUACAUUUUUCACAAUACACAGUGAAAAUGCUCAUACAAGCACUGAAUUAUCUUCAUCUUCUCAAAUAACACCACCAGCCGUACCAAAUAAUAAUCAGAUCGAAAAGCGACAUGUAUGUGGAGAAUGUGGAAAGGCUUUUCCAUAUUUGUCCAUUUUGGAAUCUCAUAAACGCUGUCACACCGGUGAAAAGCCAUUUGAUUGCCAUUUCUGCGACAAGAAGUUCGCACAAAAAGCAACCUUACAAGUGCACGAACGAACUCACACUGGCGAAAGACCUUACAAGUGUAAAUACUGUGAUAAAACAUUUGCACAAUAUGGUACAAAGACUGUUCACGAGAAAAGUGCACAUUUGGGCAUACGAAACUACAGAUGUCCAAAAUGUAACAAAUGUUUAUCGUCUCCUUCAGCAUUAUAUACGCAUAAAAAAACUCAUGGCGAAAAAACAUUGCAGUGCGAUUAUUGUCCUAAAACGUUUACGUUAAAAAAUUACCUAAAAUUACAUGUAAAACAAGUGCAUCAACAAUCUGAUCGUAAACAUAUUUGCAUUUACUGUAAUAAAAGUUUCGCUUAUGCAGGCAGUUUGCAGGUACACAUACGGACGCAUACCGGUGAACGACCUUAUGUAUGCAGGUUUUGUCCCAAAGCAUUUGCUAGUCAAGGUAAUCUACAGAGUCAUGAAAGAACUCAUACCGGUGAACGACCAUAUACUUGUAUACAAUGUGGGCGAUCUUUCAUUCAGAAAUCACAAUUAACUGCUCAUGAAGGAACACAUCAGUACCAACCAGGCACAUCACCUGAAUCAAUGCAAAGCAAAAAACCAACAGAAUAUGUGUGCAAAUAUUGCGGUAAACGAUACGCUUAUGCAUCAUCGCUCUAUGUUCAUAAUCGGUUACAUACUGGUGAAAGGCCUUUCCGGUGUAGUUUUUGCGACAAAUCAUUCACAAAUCAAGGCAAUAUGCAAGUACAUCAGCGUGUACACACUGGAGAAAAACCGUACAAAUGUAAUGCAUGUGAAAAAAGUUAUGCUCAAAAGGUGGGUUUAAAAAUCCAUUUGGAACAGUGUCAGCACCAACAAACAAGUCCAAACGCUGACCUGGAUAACCCGAAAACAAUAGACAAUCUUUUACCCAAAUAUUUAAAUUUACCAGAUGGAAUAACAAUAGCAGCGCUUCAAUAUCCGCCAUCACCAGUCGUAUCUUCAGUUCGAGAUUUGACGAGCCCAUCGUUAAGCUUGAGAUUACCAGCAAUUAGCAACCAUAUUUCUCAUAAUCCAUCUUUGCCGGAUUCAAAUGACACAACUGCUAAUCGAAUGGUUCUAAAUGAUUUUAUUUCCAUUACCUCUAAUGAACCAAUCACAGCCCAAGCAAAUGAAAAUAUUGAAAGCAAGCACUCAGCAUUCCAUGGAGUAAUUCGGGAUCCAUACAAAAAUCCUUCAAUAGAACCUAAUGAUUCUCAGUUAUAUGUGUAUAAGCAUCUUUUGGAAGGUAGUAAUUCCACUGGUUCACUAUUUUCACCGCAAAUGAUACUUCAAAGUCAGCAGUUGCAACUUCUUCUACAAUGUUCUGAACAAUGGUGUAAUGUUUUGAAUCAGCCUAUCUCUGCAUACCCACCUAUACCAACGUUAACAAAUUUGAAUUCAGGCUCUCAGCAACCUUUUAUAAAUCAUGCCUCUACUGUUGACAUAUCUAACGAUUUUUUAUCUGAUUCUGUUAAGCAUGAACCAGCAAUGUAUGUAUAA